GUAUAAGAGAUUGUAUGCCUGUGCGCACACUGUAGCGUGUGCAUCGGUGUGUGAUGUGGAGUGAUUACCUGUAGGAGUGAUGAAUUAAAGUUUUUAAUAUUGUUAUAUUUUAACAUUUCCUGAAUAAAAAUGUUCACGUUGAGAAAUAGAUUGCGAAGCAGCAGAGUACCUCAGAACCUAUUUACGAGUCUCCAAACUCUCAGAGAUGCUUCCACUUCUCAGAGCAUUCAAAUACCUCCAAGGAUCGAAAGAGGACCUACUGACAUUUUGAGGGCUCUCGCUAGCACUGUGAAACGAGACCCAACCGCUGCUCAUUACAAGUAUCAUGAUGAUCCAUAUCUCAUACCUGGAUCAAACUCAAUGAAGCGCACGUACGCACUAGCUCAGGAAGCGGGAAGAAAGGCCGCUAUUUGGAUACGUCAAGAACACGCGGAUCUCUUUCAACACAGAGACGCUGAUCCUGUUAUACCGGCUUUUCUACCACGUGCAGUUUAUGAUGAGAAUAGCGAGGUAUCGGAAGAAAUACUUAGCGAUGCAAUAAAAAAUGCUCGAUUGACUGAUGCCGUCGCCAUAUAUGGUUUGUUGAAGUCCAAAAAAGGCGUCAGUACCGAGCUUAAACAAGCUUUAUUGGAAUUAUUAUGCUAUUGCAAUGAACAAGAACCAAUCUCUGAAGAACUCACCGAGGAACGCUGGUUUAGAAGAUCAUUUCAAAAUAUUAAACCCAAAUGGAAAUCCAGUAGUGUUCUUGAAGAAUUAUUUGAUUCAUUAAAAAAUGAAAAAAAUGAAAUAGCUGCAGCAGCAUACAAUGCAUUAAUCUGUGGUACUGCAAAAUAUUUACAGAUUGAUAGGGCCUGGGCACUUUACAGAGAAGCUGAGGAAAAAGGGUUGCCGUUGUUUGUGCGAACUUACAACAGCGUCUUGAAAUUGGUUCAAUUCGCAAAAGAGAACGGACCUGAAAGACAGCAACUAAUGUGGGAUUUAUUAAGAACUAUGUCUCAUCGAAAUAUUAAGCCUAAUAUUGGAACAUUCAAUGCAUGUCUACAAAUUGCGUGUCUAUUAAGAUGUCCCCAUCCAGGAAGAGAUGUAGCUUUGACCUUAUACAAAGAAAUGACGAACGCUGGCGUGCAGCCAUCGCUCGGCGUUUAUUUUUCUCUAUUCACAAUUUUCUGUCGUAGCAACGGGCCAGUGAGUGAAAUUUUGAUAGAUAUUUUGGACAAGCUAGAAGGAAAAGAGAUGGUAAUUCAAGAUCAACAGGAUUUAUACUUUUUUGUAAAAGCAAUGGAAGUUGCUAGGCAUCACCUAAUGAAUGUCGAAGUAGCCCAUAGAAUACAAAAACUUCUACUCAAUGGCAACAACUACAAUAUGAUUGGGGAAAAUUAUAUGGAAAGUAUUUAUUACCGCCACUAUUUGACACUUGUUGUUCAAAUGGAGCCGUUGAGCAAAUUUAUGAAAUUGUACGAUAGUCUGGUGCCCAACAUAUACAUACCAGAGUCGGAUGUCGUUGAAGAGAUUUUACAAUCUAUUGAAGUCGAGGGUUUCCAGGCAGCAGCAGCUCUACUACCUCGAUUAUGGUCUCAGAUAGUGAUUUUCGAUUAUUCACAUCGAGAGUCUAUCCUGAAACGUGUGUUACAGAUUAUGCAUACUUCUUGUAAACCUCCUCCAGAAUCCCCCAGCAAUAACGAAUUCGCCAGAAUUGCUUGGGACAUUUGGACACGCAUUGAGCAUCAGAAACCAGACAGCAUGAGAGCUCACUUCAAAUGGACUGGUGAUGUGCUUGGGCAAGUCGCUACGUUAUCAAUCCGUGGAGGAGAAUUUGACAGAGCGCUCACUGUUUUUACUUACGUAAUGCAGAAGGAAGGUAGUUUUACCGGUGUUGUCACAAAAGAUGAUCUCAUUACGAUGUUAGAUGCCUGCAUUGAAAAUGGACACACGGCGGCUGCUCUGAGCGUCGUGACAUAUGCUGUCAACAAUGGCUACAGCGAAGCUGGCCAAAUGGGAUUCACAGUUGCGCAUUCUUUAUCAUUGAGCAAGGCAGAAGAAAACAAAUUGGUUAAUUUAGUAGGCAAAGAUGUGCUUCAACUCCACCUUGGCUAGAGUAUCAGUGUAAGACCGAAUCGAAUAUUUAGUGUAGUUACUAAUUGUUACAAACUUCUCCAGCACUUUUCUUGUAUUAUAUUUGUAAAUAAAUCGAAAAUUCGAUAAACUGGA